AUGCUUGCUAACAUAAUGAAACCAUUAUUAGGUGAUGUGAUUUCUGAAUCUCAGAGUGCUUUUAUUCUUGGUAAGCUAAUCACUGAUAAUAUUCUUGUAGCAGCUGAGAUUGGUCACUAUCUGAACAGAAAGCAGUGUGGGAAGGUUGGCUGGGGAGCUUUGAAAUUAGAUAUGGAAAAGACUUAUGAUAAGAUGGAGUGGUCUUUCUUGCGUUGUAUGUUGGAGGCUUUGGGAUUUGCAGGAGGAUGGGUGGAUUUGGUAAUGAAGUGUGUAACGUCGGUUUCUUACAAUAUUUUGGUGAAUGGUGUCAAUAGUGGCCAGGCCCAAGGGUUCAUUCAUGGUUAUAGAGUGGCGAGAGGUGCCCCAACGAUAUCACAUUUAUUAUUUGCUGAUGAUAGCCUAUUGUUCUUUAAAGUAAAUGUGCAAGAACCAGGAGUGGUCAAGUAG